AGCGCUGCAAAUACAAUGAGAGCACGGAAGGAGGAUCUGUGCCCGCAGGAAGCGUGGAAAGUACCGGGAGGAUCAUCUAUGCCCGCGGGAAGCAUGGAAAGUACCGGGAGGAUCAACAGAUGCGAACCCACCACGUCAGAGCGCCAGCCCGCCCUCCCCAAGACCGACGCAGGAAACUGCGGGGCCUGGAGUCACGUGGGUGGAGCUCACCUCUCGGUCUCCCCCAACCGGCCGGAAGUGGAGCGCGCGCGCCUGCUCAGUGCGUGCUGGCUGGGAGGUCUCGAGCUGGCCUCACGGUUCCUUCCGAGUUGCCGUAGUGUUUGCUCGGCGGGUUGCGUGUGCCGCUUAUGGAGGGAGUGUGUUCGUCGAGUGUUGCGGACGCAUCGGAGUGUGACUUGGAUCUCCGCGGGGUUGGCGGAUGCUGGCCACUUGGGGGAGCAUUGCUUGGUCCGCGUGGUAGCGGAGGAGAUUGAGCAGAAUGUUCACAUCUUACCACAGACAGUUCUUUACAUGGCUGAUUCAGAAACUUUCAUUAGUCUGGAAGAGUGUCGUGGCCACAAGAGAGCAAGGAAAAGAACUACUAUGGAAGCAGCGUUUGCCCUUGAGAAGCUAUUCCCAAAACAGUGCCAAGUCCUUGGGAUUGUGACCCCAGGAAUUGUAGUGACUCCAAUGGGAUCAGCUAACAAUCGACCUCAGGAAAUAGAAAUUGGAGAGUCUGGUUUUGCCCUAUUAUUCCCUCAAAUUGAAGGAAUUAAAAUACAACCCUUUCAUUUUAUUAAGGACCCAAAGAAUUUAACACUAGAAAGACAUCAACUCACUGAAGUAGGUCUUUUAGAUAACCCUGAGCUUCGUGUGGUCCUGGUAUUUGGCUAUAAUUGCUGUAAGGUGGGAGCCAGUAAUUACCUGCAGCGAGUCGUCAGCACUUUUAGUGAUAUGAAUGUCAUCUUGGCUGGAGGCCAAGUAGACAACCUGGCAUCGCUGACCUCUGACAGACACCCUCUGGAUAUUGAUGCCACUGGUGUGGUUGGACUGUCAUUUAGUGGACACCGAAUCCAGAGUGCCACUGUGCUACUCAACGAGGAUGUCAACGAUGAGAAGACCGUUGAGGCUGCAGUGCAGCGCCUUAAAGCUGCCAACAUUCCAGAACGGAAUACCAUUGGCUUCAUGUUUGCAUGUGUUGGCAGGGGCUUUCAGUAUUAUAGAGCCAAGGGCAAUGUUGAGGCUGAUGCAUUUAGGAAGUUUUUUCCUAGUGUUCCUUUAUUUGGCUUCUUUGGAAAUGGAGAAAUUGGAUGUGAUCGCAUAGUCACUGGGAACUUUAUAUUGAAGAAGUGUAAUAAGGUGAAGGAUGAUGACUUGUUUCACAGCUAUACAACAAUAAUGGUACUGAUUCAUCUCGGGUCAUCUAAAUAAAGUCUCCUGUAAAGUGGCUUUCACAAUGUAUAAUUUUCAGGCUCCACCUUUCCUAGAAAAUGGAAACUGGGAUAUGUGUAUUUCAAAAAGAAAAAAAAAAUAAGAGUAAUAUCUUUAUAUGUAUCAGUUUUGUAACUUUGACUCUAAAGAUUAUAUUAGGGGUGGUUUUAACAAGUUAGAUGAAGGGCAGCUUUGUAUGUAACGUAACAGAAACAGAAUUGAGAGCUUUUGCAUCAUGAGGCACAGCCCUGAUUACGGCUGUAUUUCACCUAAUGCUGUGUAAUUUGACUUUAUAGUCUUCUGCAUAGGAAGACUGAAAGAAAAUUCGUCAGUAGGAUGGAGAUUUAAGACAUUCCAUGGCUACCUCUGCAUUGUUAGAUAUUUUAGCAAAAUCAUGAAAACAUUUUUUCUCCCUUAAUGAAGGAGGAAAGAAAAUACAUAGAUACCUUGAGAAAUCUUUCUCUGCUUUACAAUUCUACUGAUUUUUUUCAGAAGCUGUAAAAAUUUUUUAAUGAGUUUUUACUUAUUUGAUAAAAAUUAAGUAAUUAUUUUUGUUCUACUACCCUAAAAUUGCUUAGUCAAAUAAGUUGCCAAGACUAAUCAGUAUUUUGUUACUUUAUAAGGAAGAAAUUUUCCUUUUCCCUCGAUGAAGAAACUGUAAGAGAAAAUGCUUUUCUUCACCAAGUUCUAUAUAGCUAACUGGCAGACCAGACCAUUACAUCACCUUAUUUUGGUUUUAUACCAAUAAAACAUACCAUGGAAACUCA